CAGUUUGAUUGAUUGGUUUUUAUUGUUGUUGCUGUUGGUUGGAUAUCUGGGAACAUAUCCGGGAGUACGGGUGGGUUGGUUGAUUGAUUGAUCAUGAACAUUCUUCGGAUGGGCGUCUCAUUAUUGUUGUUGGAUUCUUUCCAUUCACCAUUAUUAUUUGCUGUUUUGUUGUUUCCUUUCUUUUUUACGUCUUUUUCUUUUUCUACUUGCUUAUGUCGCGUCAUGAUAUGGCAAUGGCCACCACCAAACCAAUUCCCCUUCCCUCUUCACUCCCUAUCUCCCCUAUUACUCGACGAGGGGAUAUGUAACCGGAUUGCCGAUGUUGAUGAUGAUGCUGAUGCUUAUGAUACUGUUGAUUUUCCUUGCGCUCGAUGACGGAUGACGGAUGACGAACUGGUGGCCUGUAGUUGAAGGUGUGGUCAGUAGUUGAAUGUGUGGUGCGGA